AUGCUGAACGAUCUCGUUCCCGAGGCCGGGACAUGGCAUACCUCGUCUGGCCGUGGAGGAUUGGGCAACAUUCACCAUGCUGUUGAUCCUGCCAUACACAAAUCUGGACCUGAUGAUUAUUCUGUAACUCGAGGCAGAGAGCCCGCUGUUCAUCCUGAUCAAGUCAUAUCGACGGGAAGGGGAGGCGCAGGGAAUAUUCGUUCACCGUCUCGAGAUGCUGGUUCAUAUUCGCAUACGCCUGUAGGCCCCGAUCCCCGUCAGGAAGAGCUCAUACGAGCUGAAGCAGACCGUGAAGGAGCAGUGCAUAGCACAGGUCGAGGUGGACUGGGCAAUAUGUCGCGAUCUCGCUCUCGAGGUCCUCGAACUGCUCUUGCUCAAGAGCAUUCUGCUUCUGGGGAUCCUGAACAUCACAAGCAUACUGGAGUUUCUGAACUCAUCCACAAGGUCCUGCACCCUCAUCCUCAUCACAUCCAAGAAAGCGGCCGCCACGAGCCUCAUGCACAAAUUCCGGCAGAGUCUACACCGAAGAACUCCGUUGAUCAUGAAGCCCCUCCGUUGACCUUCAGUCGCGCUGAUGCUAAAUGA